CGCUUUGCUAUAUCGAGCCUGCAGAAGACCGGGUGCCUGUGCCACGUGCCCCUGUCAGCGUAGGAAGGGAAGGGGGCUCAGACAGCCCGUCCCACCCACUUGCUCCCCACGGAGGAGCGGCGACCCGCUGGAGGAGGGAGCGAAGGCUUCUGGUUGGAACCUCGGUGCUGGGACGGUGGACUCGGUACAGCUCUCUGGACAGUGGGGUCCAGGCUGAUGGCUGAUGAUGUCAGGGACUAACAACGUUGCCCAGGCCCGGAAGCUGGUGGAGCAGCUGCGCAUUGAAGCCGGGAUUGAGCGCAUCAAGGUCUCCAAAGCCUCGUCAGAACUGAUGAAUUACUGCGAGCAGCAUGCCAGGAGCGACCCCUUGCUGGUCGGCGUGCCAGCCUCUGAGAACCCGUUCAAAGACAAAAAACCCUGCAUAAUUCUCUAGUUCUCUCUCUCUCUCUCUCUUUCUCUCUCUUUCUCUCUGCCCUUCCUGCCCUCCCACGUAUUGUCCAGUUUUUACUGUGAGAAAAAUAUCUGAGUUUCUCACACUUUGAUUUCUGAAGAAACGGAAACUAACUGAAGUAGGUCCUCCUGAGUAAGGUGGGCUUUGCGACCCCACCGUGGGCCUCUGCGCGCCCAGAUGUUACCGCCCCCACCCCCUCGUGUCAAGCACCGCUGGGAACCUGAGUGAUGGGACUGUGUUAUAAAACUCCCCUUAGCUGGCGCUGGGGAUAUGGCUCAGCGCGUGAGAUGCAUGUCUUACCAGCAUGAGGACCUGAGUUCUGAUCCCACACACAAAGCCCAAGUGCAGGGGGGCAUGCCUGCGCCCCAGCCCUGAGGGACAGAAGGAAGGUUCCCUAGGGCGCUGAACUCCAGUGAGGGACCCUGCCUCAGAACCAGAGAAAUAUAGCCAGCAUCCACAAGGCACCCUGUGCUGCCCGGUGUCCCUCCUGAGUGUGGUCCUGUCAUAUCCGCGGUGAUGUCCUUUCUCUGGGGACCCAGCCCCUUUCAGAAACAGACUUCUAGGCCCCCACACAGAGCAAGCUAUUGCUGGUAUGACUGAGUGGGUGAUUUGUUUUUUCUUAAGCCUGAGACCCAUGUGGUCACUGGCAGCUCCUUUACCAAGGCCCUGUGAGGGCAGAAACGCAGGGUUAAUUCUUUUGAAGUGAUUGAGAAAGAGUCACAGAGAUGGGGUCCUGCAUCCCACAUAGGGGUGGUGACUGUGACUCCGGAUCCCCCUUCCCUCUCCUUGGAUCAAAUCACUUUCCAACUGGCUGGAAUAGGAGACCCUCAGUGUGAGGACUGUGGACCACUGAAAGAUCCUAGGCGGGGCUCCACCCUGACCACGCCCCCAGCCCCUCACGGGGGAGGGGGUUUCCAGGCGGGGCUCCACCCUGACCACGCCCCCUGUCCCUCACUAGGGAUUUUAGGCAGGGCUCCGUCCUGACCACGCCCCCAGCCCCUCACUGGGGAUUCUGGGCGGGGCUCUACCCGACCACGCCCCUAGUGAAUCACUGGGGAUCCAAGGCGGGGCUCCGUCUUGACCACGCCCCCAGCCCCCUCACUGGGGGAUUUUAGGCAAGAUCUCCACUUUCUAUUUUGUGAGAAUAGUCUGUCAUCCAGGCUGGCCCGGAACUGGAGCUCUUCCUGCCUCUGCCUCCAGAGUACAUGUAUGACUGGCCUCUGCUUCCUUGCCUGGCAUAGAGUUGGAUUCGAAGAGACCUGGCCUGUAUAGGUAGCAGUGACAGCAGCAGGUUGCAGGAGGAAAAGGCUUGGCUGUGCCAACCCUCCCUUGCAGGCAUCGUCAGCAUCAGGAUGGCCAUGGAUUCAGGAGUGUCCCGCGGUCUCAGGCCCUCGCGGGAAAACCAGUGCAGGCGCAGACAGCAGAAAUGAAACCAGUCCAGUUCUGUCCUGUGGCCCUGGUGAAAAUCAGCUUCUAAGAACCUGAACCAGGCUGGUCCCUGGACAGUUGCCCUAAUUGCCCGUGGGGAAAGUAAAUGAGUCUAACUCAACCCACCUUACCUUCCAGCCCCUCCGGGCACAACCUACCUCCUAGGUAAGGUGGCACAGCCCCCAACUCAUUCUGAUGGGGCAAGGGAAAGACAUUUGUGGUGAGAAUAAGGGGAGACGUUGCGGGUGCUAAAAGGGGACCCCGUCCCCCCUCCCUGGGCUGGCUCCCAGAGGACACAGACUGAAGAUCAGCCCCCUCCUGUGCAUCAACUCCUCAUUACUGGUCAAGGAAGAUAGGAGCUUUGGGAAGACUCUGACUCCCUAAACCUGUGUUGGGAUCAGAAAAGCCACUGUGUCUCCCCAAAACUAUAGCCAUCUUGCAUUAGAGUGUGAACCAGAGCCCCGGGGUGUAUGUACCCAGCCUCGCUGGCAAGGAGAGAGAAAAGUGGGAACACUCAGCUGGUGUGCCAGAACCUCGCUCGGGCUUCCAUCCCCAGCUUGCUGAAGCCAGGCAUGGGCACGCGGUAGAGGCAGAUGCAGGAGGGACCACUCAUUCUUUGCUACAUAAUGGACUCGAGGCUAGCCUGGGCUACAUGAGACCAUGUCUCAAAGAGAGGAAAUUCAGUUCACUGGUCCAUUAUGCCCGCACCCCAGCCUCCCUCAGGCCUCAGGCGAGGCUGCUAGCAGCAGAUGCCACGGCCAGUCCAUGUGUGGUCACAGCAAGUUUUCCUUCCUCCACUCUGGGAAGAAAAGCUCAAAUUAUCAUCUAUGCCCGAAUAAACCUCUCACUGCAGGCCAAGGGCAAAGUGACCUCUCACUUCCUGGGGAAAGGUGGACCUUGGGCCCCACAAUAGUCUCCAUGUCCCGUCUUAACCACCAGACCCCUGCCUCAGCUUGGAGAAGCCUGGACACAAGGGAGCCAUCAGGAGCUGGGCUGUGGUGGCGCAGGCCUUUACCCUAGCAUGCAGGAGGCAGAGGCAGGGGGAUCUCUGUGAGUUCGAGGCCAGCCUGGUCUACAGAGCGAGUUCCAGGUCACCCAGGGCUAUAGACACGGUCUAGGAAAAGGCAAUGACACAAACAGUGAGAUCUGCUUUAGCUUGAGCGCCCGAGGAGGGACUUCCAACCCAAGCAGAAGCUGCCAAACCGUCCCUUGUCCUGAGCAGAAGCCAUGGGCAUCCUCUCCGAGUGUCUGGGACACAAUGGCCAGAUAGGACAUCACACAGCAUUUCCCGUUUCCUGCGCCCCACUCCAGACCCGGCUCCCACCCCACUUUCUACCUGCAUUGUGACAUUGGUUGGUUUUCAUUUCUGAUUUUACGAAACUCUGUUGUGCCACACACGCGGGCCACGGCAGUGUGAUUGCUGCGGAAUAAAAGCCCCGUCUUCUCUA